ACCGCUUGUGAUAAAUACCGCAACCACGCCAUCACUUCCUUCAAACUUCCACCUCAUACAAAACAAUUCCAACAUACUUUUCUUCUCUUUUCUCCAUUCGUUCUUCUUAAAACUCUCUGCUUUUUUUUCUCUCCUUUCAUUCCCAACUUCACUUCUCUUACAUACUCUGAUAUGAAGCUCACAGCCUCGCUCCUACUAUUCACUUUUGCUUUGGUGUUAACCACCACCACUGCAUCAGAUCCUGAUCCUCUUCAAGACCUCUGUGUCGCUGAUCUUGCCUCAGCUGUUAAAGUGAAUGGAUUCACCUGCAAAGAUGCUGCGAAGGUAAAUGCGACUGAUUUCUUCUCAAACAUAUUAGCGAAAGCAGGUGCGACAAACAACACCUAUGGGUCCUUGGUGACUGCAGCCAAUGUUCAGAAAAUCCCAGGACUGAACACCCUUGGUGUAUCUAUGUCACGAAUUGACUAUGCUCCAGGUGGGAUCAACCCUCCUCACACGCACCCACGUGCCACCGAGAUUGUGUUUGUGAUGGAAGGAACACUCGAUGUGGGAUUCAUAACCACAGCCAAUGUGCUCAUAUCAAAGACCAUCACCAAGGGUGAGACUUUUGUGUUCCCAAAAGGCUUAGUUCAUUUCCAAAAGAACAAUGCGAAGGAACCUGCUUCGGUCAUUGCAGCCUUCAACAGUCAAUUGCCUGGCACACAGUCCAUUGCUCUCACCCUCUUUACAGCCACACCACCUGUUCCAGACAAUGUCUUGACCAAGGCCUUCCAGAUUGGUACCAAGGAGGUUGAGAAAAUCAAGACCAGGCUUGCACCUAAGAAAUAAUUUAUGUUUGAAUCUGCUUCUGUUAUCUCUGCCAUUGCUCUUUCACGCUUCUUCUGUCUUCUCCUUGUUGCUUUACGAUUCAUGUUUGUUGGAAAAUCAUAAAGGAUUUAGAAUGUGAGUGAAUGGGGUAUAUUCAUUUCUUUGAUAAUUGCAAUUUGAAAUAUCCACGCACGCUUCUUAUUUUCUUAAUAAAAUCUUUCAUUAGUGG